AUGGCUUGGCGCUUCAUUUGGCUCUUUGCUUUGCUGACGGGUGCUCGGGGUACCAAUCGAAGCACCGGCACCGAUCGAUUCUAUUCCUUUUGGCAGACCGUGGUGGAAGCGUGGGGCGAUCCAAGUCCGCUGAUCUUCAAAUCAGGUGCUCCACAGGUGUUGACCUUUGCGGAUCGCUUCGGGGCCAUGGGGCCUCUGAUGUGUCACGUGGCGCGGAGCGUGGAGAUGGCCGGCGGCUUCCUGCGGAUCUUGGGCUUGCAAAAGGGCCGCCGAAUCCAGCUGCCCAACAAACAUCUGCACCGGAACAGCUCUCUGGAUGUCUUCUUGAAGAAGUAUGUGCUCUUGUCGCGCUCCUUGCAGAAGAUGCCGCCCAAUACCACCGUGCUCUUCGUCGAUGCCUUCGACGUGCUCUUUCAGCGUUCGAUCCGCGACGUGGUCCACACCUACGAGCGCCUGGCCAAAAGCGCGGCGCAGGCCCAUGGCGUUUGGCCGGUCGUCUUCGGGGGGGAGAUGAAUUGCUGGCCCUGGCCACACAACGGCAGCUUCCACCUGCCGCGCCGCCGCCGGCAUCGCCAGCAGCCCAUUCCGCGCGGCAACCGCAACAGCACCUGGCAUUUCCACAUUCCCCGCGGUGCCGCCCUGGCGGCCGACUACCACGAGGAGUGGCGGUAUCCGUACCCGCGGAGCGGUCGAGGCUCGAUCACGUCCAGCGAGGUCUGUCGGGAAUGGUUGCUGCAACGUGGUGAUCCUCAGUGGUCCGGCCAGGGUCGCGGGGCGAGGGCGCCCGUCUUCCCGUUUCUCAACUCGGGCACCUUCGUCGGCCGCGCCGCGUCCAUUCUGCGCCUCAUUCGGAUCAUGGUGCGGCUCUAUCGGCGGACGGGGGAGAUGGAUGACCAAGCUCUUCUGGUGCAACACGGUGGUCUUGUUUAG